GACCUUUUUACUUCAACAAAUUAUAUCUGCCUCCUUCCGUUCUUCCGACAAAGGCGUUUAGAGAAACUUUCCUGGGUGGCAACUUAAUUUUCUUGCCAAACAAACACACUUCUCUCCCAAUUUCGACUCGCUGAUAAUAAAUGGAAAAAAAAGAACAGAAAAUUUAACUCAAGAGUUGACCUGUUACUCUAAGCUUACAGUUUUGUCAUUUAGCUGUUUUGCUUUUGUGACCCAGAAGUUACAAUCUACACCCGACGCCAUUAAAUUUCUAAAACUUCAAAUUCUCACAAUUUUUUUUUGGUUUUGAAACUUAACAACCUUUGGAGGCUAUCAUUACCCAUUAAAUUCCCUUGCCAAUUCCAGAUUUUCAAGCCCUCCCUCCUCACGCGGUGCUGUUAGGGUCCAAAAUAAGAGAAGUGUCUCGACAGAAAACAGUCCAGUACACUACCCCCAGGGCGUGCAGUCCUCUGUCCAGCAACGUGACACAGGUUUUUUUUCAAUCCAGAUUUCUUCUCCAAGGAGUCGGAGAUACACUAUAUUUCGUAACGGAAUUCUUGAGCUUUCUCGAUUAUAAAUGGGCCGUUCUCGUGGCAAUUUUCACUCUGUUGAUGAGGACCCAACCCAGAGAUGUAGUUCACCUGGGUUCCUGCUUUUGGCAUUGCAGAUCAAGGAGAAAGAAGAACUCCGCUAGUGGAGAAAAUUUAGAAUCUUCAUCAGCAGGUCAGGGAACAGGUGAGGGGAAAAGGGCUUUGUACCAUUGCAAUUAUUGCAACAAAGAUAUAACUGGGAAGAUCCGAAUCAAGUGCGCGAUGUGCCCUGACUUUGACUUAUGUAUAGAGUGCUUCUCUGUUGGAGCUGAGGUGACACCUCAUAAAAGCAAUCACCCUUACAGGGUUAUGGAUAAUUUGUCUUUCCCUCUUAUUUGCCCUGACUGGAAUGCAGAUGAUGAAAUACUACUUCUGGAGGGAAUUGAAAUGUAUGGACUGGGAAAUUGGGCAGAAGUUGCUGAGCAUGUGGGGACAAAGAGUAAAGAACUGUGUAUCGAACACUAUACCAAUAUAUAUAUGAACUCUCCAUUUUUCCCUCUUCCAGACAUGUCUCAUGUAGUCGGGAAAAACAGAAAGGAGCUUCUUGCUAUGGCCAAAGGACAUGGAGAGGACAAAAAGGGAUCUUCUAUGCUUGGAGAGCAUACUGUGAAGGAGGAGUCUCCAUUUUCUCCCUCCAGAGUCAAAGUUGAAGAAAUGCAUAAAGGUGGUCCUUCUGGGCGGUUACUAUCAAAUUUAAAUGCAGAUGUAGAAUCUGGGGUGCAUCCUAAUAGCUUAGAUGCAGCAGCAACAGCUGCUAUUAAGAAGGCAUCCAAAAUUGCCCAUGUUAAAGAUGGCCUCAGUGUUGUUAAAGUGGAAGAUCCUCAAACAGACAGGAGUUUUAAGGGGAAAAAAUUGAAUUCUUCUGGGAAUGACGGCUCUUUAGUUGAGUUGAGUGGUUAUAACCCCAAACGACAGGAAUUUGAUACUGAAUAUGAUAAUGAUGCAGAGCAGUUGCUUGCUGAGAUGGAAUUUAAAGAUACUGAUACUGAUGAUGAGCAUGAGCUGAAGUUGCGAGUUCUACGUAUCUAUUCAAAGAGGCUUGAUGAAAGAAAACGCAGAAAAGAUUUUAUUUUAGAAAGAAAUUUGCUAUAUCCAAAUCGUUUUGAGAAGGAUUUAUCUCCAGAGGAGAGGGCGCUUUGCCGACGGUAUGAUGUCUUCAUGCGUUUUCAUUCCAAGGAAGAACAUGAAGAUUUGCUUCAGACUGUUAUAGCAGAGCAUAGAACUCUGAAAAGGAUUCAAGAUCUUAAGGAAGCCCGAGCUGCUGGUUGUCGUACAUCUGUUGAGGCGGAUAAAUAUCUUGAAGAGAAAAGGAAAAGGGAAGCUGAAGAAAGUUCUCACAGAGCAAAAGAAAGUGUCCAGGUUGGUCCAAGCAACCAGGGAGGUCCAAGUGUUUUCAUGGCUUCAGAGUCUGUCGGCAAGGAUUCAACUACGAGACCUGCUGGACACUAUGUUAAUGAUAUGGAUGCACUGGGCUUUUAUGAAACACAAUUACUAUCUGAAGCUGAGAAACGCCUCUGUCAUGAGAUAAAGUUGCCCCCACCUCUCUAUCUUAAGAUGCAGGAGGUUAUGACAAAAGAAAUCUUCAGUGGCAAUGUCACUAAGAAAUCUGAUGCUCAUCCCUUAUUCAAGCUUGAAGCCAGCAAAAUUGACCGAGUUUAUGAUGUUCUUGUGAAAAAGGGGAUUGCGCAACCAUGAAACCUCAUGUUUGUUCUGAAUCUAAACUCCAUUCAUUCUCCCUGAGAAAUGAAAAUAUACUUAAUUCUAUUAAAAAAAAAAAGGUAAAAAACGAGAGCCUUUUCUAGGUGAAGACCGGUUUUUUACUGCUCAUGAAGUUUCACAUUGCAGGGUGGGAGGAUGGUGUAUCACUUCAUGGAUACACAUUCUACAAGAGAGAAGGGUUAUUUUUCAGUCAGAAGAUGUAAUUUAUACUCUUUAAAUUACAUGAGAAGUCUUACACAAUGCUUUGGUUCGCAAGCUUAUGAUAAAAGGUGGAUCAUUUGCUUUGGUCUCUUCAAAUGUUUUGGUGCUUCAGAUUCAAUAUUUCUUCUUCAAUUAUCAGAUAUUCUCUCUUAUUUUU